AUGCGGCGCCUUGUUGCGAUCGGCUCCUGCUGGCUUGCUGCGGGGAGCGACUGCAGCUGCGCGGACACGAGGCGGCCCCUGCGAACGGAGAGCGCCUGGCGCGCUGCUCAGCAGGCUGAGGUGGAUGAGCUGCUCGACAUGCACUGGGACUACACACGGACAGGCUACACCAUCAGCAUCGAAGAUGAUGAGCUCGUCCAGCAAGCCCAGAUGCGAGUGCGGAAUGCUUCGGAAACCGACGCGCCGUCUGCCCACGUGUACGGAGAGCUUACUGCGAACGGGGUGCGCCAGCUCUCCAGUUUCCUUGGCCUGGACGAGGCCACGGAUGCGUCGUUCGUGGAUCUGGGGGCUGGCGUCGGGAAGCUGGUGGUGCAGAUCUACCUGGAGAACCCAAGGGUGCGCAGAGCACUAGGCGUGGAGCUCUCGCCCGGACGCGCGGAGGCCGGCAAGGAAGCUUUGAGGGAGCUGCGCGCCGGGCCUUUGCCUUCACUGCGUCGGCGGGCGCUCUUGGGUCAAACUUUGGAGGACGGAGCGUUUGCGUCUGAUCCCAUGGCUUUAACCGGCGAAGUGGACUUUGUGGAGGGUGACAUGUUUCAGCUGGACCUGAGCCACGCCACACAUGUCUACAUGGCGUCUACCUCUUGGUGCCCCUCGAUGCUGCGCAAGCUGGCGGCCAAGCUGCUGAAGGAGGCGACAAACCUGCAGGCUGCCGCAUCGCUGAAGCGCUUGCCUGAGGGCCUUGCCGGCUUCGAAGAGUCCCAAGCCCAACUCCAGACGUCGUGGACCAAAAAGGAUCCCUCCGGCUCUCGAGUGUACAUAUACCGCCCUGUGCAGCAAUGCCAUGCAACGUGA